AUCGUGAGCACCAAUUAUUUCUUGCCAGGCAGCGCGGGAACAACGACCGGCGUUGAUCUAAUUGGUCGCCAGUAGGUAAUUGUUCGGUGUCGAUAAUUGGGCCAAUUAAUUUGUACGGAAAAGUGCGUCGAUAAUCGUCCAGCAUUCACCGCCGCGAUACCGAUUAUGUGGACCGUGUCGGAUGCGGGUUAUGGAAUAUCGUUACCGUCAAAAGGCCGAGAGCGACUCGUGACAAAUAAAAAAAUAGAGAAAAAAAAGAGAGAGAGGAUCAUAAAAAUGAAGAACGAGGGAGGUGCGAAACGCCGGUCGAAACGCACCGGACACCGGUCACGUAAUCGAAUAUAUUUUUCUUUUAAUUGAAAAAUAUUGUCGCUUGGCUGUUUCGGCUGGUAAUUUUAUGGAGACAGGAUUUAAUUACACGAAAUCACGUCGAACCGAACAAUAUAAUUAAAUAUCUGUUUUUUGUGAAAAACUGACGGCAGCGCGAGCCACGAUUUUAUUGAAAUAUCCGAAACCUGCUAAAUAUCCUAUCCAUCGCCUGUUUCACGCGUAUCCCGCCAGUACUCGGCUCUUAUAUCUUCGAUUCACGUUUUUCCACGAGGAUCAUACGCAACUUUGAAAUUCCCUCGACGCGACGAUUCUCCUUUCGAAAUAUUUCCUUCGUUUCUCGCGUGUCGAACGCGCAAAGAAUUUUAUUUUAGAACAACGCACGACGCGUCUGUUCGAUAGUAACAUUUCCUCGGAAAUUUUAAAGGAAAACUGAAUAAUUCCAAGGGAUAGGAGGAUAAUAUAUUUUCCGCAAAUUGAUUUUCACACAAAUUUGUAUUUUUGUUCGUUCGAUCGGUGAUCAUUAAUUUUCAAUUUUAUACGAUACGCGUAUCAUUACGAAAUAUAUUUAUAAAUGAUCGAACGUCCUCAUUAGUCGACCAAAUGACGAUCGCGAAAUUAUUGCAUUUCUUUCGGUUCACUGUAUACGGUGUCGAAAAUAACGGGUCGGGUAGAAACACAAAAAAGGCGAUGUAUCGCCCGGGGGGCCAAAAUGUAUGACGAAAUGCAUCUUGGGAACUCGACAAUUUAGGGACGCGGAGGCGUUGCAUUGUUACCCAUAGGGGUGUAGGAUUAUAUGGGGUGCUCUCUCCCGUUCAGGGAUCCUCGUAACUUGCUACAGAUCCGUCAUGAUCGAUAGUCUUCUGUCGUCGGUCGAAAGAGAAACACGAUACCAUUCUCGUGGCCCGUAGUUUAAUUUCCAGUGGUGAGAUUGCCUUUUGCUUUGAAUCAUCCCCUAUCUACUGGUAUUUCAUUUCUUCAACCUCCUUUUUAACGAUCUUCAAGUUCCUUUCAAACUUGUAAUUAAUUUUGGGAGAAGAAAAUUGUUUUUCGGCUUGGAUGAUGCAUUCGUGUAUCUUUUUUAUUUAAGAAGAUAUUCAAAUUGCAUUUUAUUCCGAAUCAUCCCUUAUCUACCUACAAUCAACUUCUCGAACUCAUUUUGUUAAAGAAAUAAGUAAUUUCAAAAAAGGAAGAUCAUCCUUCAACUUAGAUGGUGUACUCGUGUCUCGUUUGUUUUUUGCGUUUAAUUUACUUCUUAUUUUAAAAGAAGAUACGAGAUUCCUUUUCUUCUAGAUUAUCUUUCACCUAUUGAUAUUUAAUUCCUCGAAUCUAUAUGCGAGGUUCCUUAAAUUUCUUGCAAAUUCGAGAAUUAAUUUUGAAAAAACAAAAUUGUUUUUCUAUGUUAACCAAAUACAAAUUGCCUUUUGCUUUCGUUCAGGUUAUCUGAUAGAGGAACGCGUGGAUGAAUUUGUAAUAGAAAUAUAUAUUGAAGUAAGUAUAAGUACAGCUAUAGUGUAUGCUGAUCUAGAUCCUCACUUUAGCAUUGUUACAUUACAAUAGAAGUGAUAGGGAGCAUGUUGAUACAUUUAUAACAAAGGACAUUACCAAAAAAUUAACUUUGAUGUGUAACUCUAACUGAAAGUUACAAGAAACAGCAAUAAAAAUCUACUCAUAGCUCUUUUAUUUAUAGACCUUGUAACCCAAAACAACAUUCAUAUUCAAGGCCACAAUAAUAUGGGCCUCUCUUUUUUAAAUUUUUGCUUCACUAAAUUCUAUUUUCUUCGUAACGACGAUGUCCAGGUCACGGGUAUACAAAAAAGAAAAGAAUGUAGGCUUUUCCUAGAAGUAAUUACUUCAACAGCUAUGAAUUAUGCUAUGACACUAUCAGCUAGUAUUCGAUUCCUCAAGUCUGUUUUUUCAUAAUUUUCAAAUUUCCUUCAAACUUCCAAUUUAAUUAAACAAGAGAAAAAAAAAACGAAAUUGUCUUUUCCACUUAAUUUGUUUCUUACUCCAAAAAUACAAAAAUUCUUUUCUUCGAAGAAUAAACUGCACAUCAUUCCAAUUCGUCAUCGAUUCUUAAGUUUCCCUAAAUUCACUUUCUCAAAAUCUUCUUAGUCGAUUUAUUUCCAAUUCUCGAAGCACACAGAUUCUACCGCCAAGAGUAAACUUCGCCCUCUUCCAAUUUGUUAUUAAUUCUUAAAUUUCCUCGAGUUCUAUGUCAUUUUAUCCUCGCGUCGCAAUAACGAUAAUUGCGACCACUCGAAGAUCCACCCUAGCAAUCUGGAAAGAUUCGUUGCAACGGUCGUCGGUGCACGUAUGACGGGGACAUUAAGACAAAGUAUUCCCCUCUUUCUCCUCGAUACAGCCUUCCGUCCUGUCUUCGUUGCUCGCCUUGCUCCCUCGAAGAGCCCCCAAGCAUCGCGCAACCCCCGUAUUUCUCGGUGCUAAACGCAACUACACGAGGGACCUUUCUGCCGUCUUUGUUUUCCCUUUCUUCCCAGUGUCGUUUUGCAGUCUCGCGCGGGGAGGUCGUUGAACGACGGAAGCAGGAAAGACUCGACGAGGAAACGGCCGGAAAAAAAGACAAUCGAACGAGAGGCGUAGAAGGAAGCCGAAAGGCAACCUCGUUAUCGGUGUACCGGCUGACCGCAACGUGGAAACGAUCCGGCCGACCCGCGCAGUAAUUACAGACCAGGGAACGAGUUUCUUUUUAUUUCGUUUCUUCAUUUCGGGACCUCGAAACCGCGCUUGGCAAUCGUGUGGUGUUUUGGAUAAGCGUUCGCUGUCGCUCUGAUCUACGGCACUCUUAAGUAAAGAACUCGAACUCUAUGGACGACUUUGAAAUAAGCAACGGAGUGAUGUUACACGCAAGUGUCAUUAUGGAAAGUUGUAACGCGAGCAGGUGAUAUUAUGAAAAGAUUAGAGCGUCGAAGAUGGUAAUGUGCAGUUAAAGAGCCGUCAAUUUUCACAAAGAUGAAUCCUUUUAACGAUCUCAAGGAUAGGAAUUAUUCUCAGUGCGAAUUCAAUGGUGUGGAUCCUAUAAAUCGAGACACGCGGAAACAGACGAAACUGCGAUUAAAUAUGACCUCGUGACUAAUCAUCGUCUAUAAUGACCAAGUAAAUUCGAAUUUCGCUGAGAGGAGAGGCCGUUGGAAAGCGAAAGAAAUUCUGUGUGUUCAUCGGAGGGUAUUUUUCGGGGCCAAAGGGAUUUCUCUACUGUUCUACGAAACGCGUGACAAACGGUGAAACAGAGGAGAGGAAAAGAGAAGCAACGGGUGUUGUCAUCGGGUAGUCGCGAUCAGCAGGAGUAUAGCAUCAGGAUCGUGGAAGAGGGUGCAGCAGGAGAGAGAGAUUUUUCCCCACCGCUUGGAAAAACCAACCCCCACCAGUCGCUUAGUACGGCCAGGCGGUGGUGGCGGCGGCGUGGAAGAGAGGCACGGAGGGGUAGGUUAGCCAGGGUGGUCUCGGUGGUGGCUGGGGGCGGCAGCCUCAAAAAUACACCGCAACCACACCGCGCGGCUCCACCGCAGAAGCCGCCAUCUUCCACCGCCGAACCGAAACGAGACCGCGCGAGUUAAACACCCUAUCCUACUUCCCCGUGGAAGUUGCCGCUGCCACCCGCCGAAGUACCAGCCACGAAGAAGUAUCAUUCGCCUUCUGGUCCCGUGCUUCAUCGCUGACAGCCAACGAAACCGGUGGAAUUUACAAUUUUCCAUCGUCGCGCCAACUGCAACCUCUCUCGUCCAAGAAACGUUACCGAAGAAACAAUUGAUUAAUCGUCAGCCACGAAGAGGUGUCUCUCGAAAUCUGGUCCUGUGUCUCAUCGUUGAUAGGCGACAGAACCGAAGAAAUUUAUAGUUCUCCCCUGUCACGUCAUUAUGUCUUGAAAAAUGUUAAGAAAGUGUCAUGCUGUUGAGGAAAGGAUUGAAUUAUUAUCGAGACAGCGGAAAUGAUCGUCGGCGAAUACAUGGAACGUAUCUGGCGAGACUAAAGAUCUCGAACUUAUUUUAAAUUCGUGACUAUUAUUGUUCGAAGAAACGUGUUGUGUAGUGACUGAUUUGAUGAUUCCUAUGUAUAAUAAUGGAUGCCUGAAUCUUUCGUAAAGUCUUCGGAAAGUGAAUCCCCGAAUCUUUUGUCGUUUGAAAUAAAACCUGGUGUAUGGGAGUUAGAAUUCUCCGGAAGAAUAAUGUGCGAACGUGAGGUUUGUGCCGCGGUUUGGCUCGGAGGAUCCCGGGUGCAGAGUUAACACCUGUUAGAUGGUCGGGCAGAAGUGCUGAUGUGACAUGAACGUGGAGUAAUUUCGAUCGACCGCGGAACACUGGAAGCCAGAUUUCAGAGUGAGUGUAUUAUCGUGAAUCGUUGUUAUUCAUUUAUGAACGCGAGUAGCAGAAGAGAUAGUCAAGGUUGGUUUCACUUCCGUCGAAUCACAUAGUGGGGUGCAUUUCGUUCAAAGAAACGAAGAAACGAGGGACGACGUCGAUUUCAAUAAAACGAAUUUUCCCCGCGAGUUGGCAAUCGAGACGAGAGGAAGAAUUUGCAAACGGAUGCUCUUGCCUCGGCCCUGUCGCGGGAUAAUGAAAUAAGGAUCAAAGGAUCCUGGGCCACGCGGGGCCGACCAAGUUGUGCGCGUGCCACCGAAGGAACCGGAAAUUUAUCUUUAAUCAGCUGCUACCGAAAUAAUGACCAUCAUCGAUCUACUCUAUUAGUUUAAUCUUAAUAAAGAACUUAAUUAUCACUGGAUACAUUGCGUGCACACUUUGAUUAUAAAAGACAAAAAUAGAAAAGAUAAAAGGCUUGGCUACGUGUCAAAAUAAAGAAGAAAAGAGAUGCUGCUUUAUUAGUUGAAUUUUACCACGGAACUUAAUUAUCAUUGGAUAUCGUUAGUCGUUGGAUACAUUUUCGACAAUAACAAAUAAAAAUAAAGAAGAUAAACUGUCGAAUUUUUGAUAGAGCGUGCGAUGGAUCGGAGUUAAUAAAGGAAAGGCUGGCCGAUCGAGUAGAAAAAAAUUGAGUCGAAUUCAUCGAGGUUUGUCGGCGAGGAGGAUCUUUCCGGAAAAGAGUCCAAUGAGCCUGUUCUCAUGACGAAUCCUUUACGAGAUGCACGCCCCGAGGAUCGGCCUCUAGGCUUAGAUUAUCCGGAUCCGAGAUUGGUUCGAAACGGUCAUCAGGACCAUCAAGGGAACUCGACGCAUCAGAUCGGUGGCGGGAGAAUUAGGAGAACCAGGACCUCGUCAUCGAGGAGAAGAAUGCACCUGGCCAACGAGGUCCCUCCACAAGGAUCCACUGGUGGAAAUAAUAUACCGGAUUAUGCACUCACCGCGGAUCUGCUCGCCGAGAGAACUUUGGAUGGCCUGUUUGCUGAACAUCCUGGAGAACUUGUGCGAACAGGCUCGCCACACGUGGUCUGUACGGUGCUACCGCAACAUUGGCGGUCAAACAAGACACUUCCGGUAGCGUUCAAGGUAGUAGCUCUGGGCGAGGUCGGUGAUGGGACUCUGGUGACAGUGCGUGCCGGAAAUGAUGAAAAUUGCUGCGCGGAAUUGCGAAAUUCCACGGCGGUUAUGAAGAACCAGGUGGCGAAAUUCAACGAUCUUAGGUUCGUCGGUAGAAGCGGAAGAGGGAAGAGCUUCACCUUGACGAUUAUGCUACAAACAUCGCCACCUCAAAUAGCCACUCUGUCGAAAGCGAUCAAGGUCACCGUCGAUGGACCAAGAGAACCCAGAUCAAAGACAAGACACCAGGCCUUUCAUCCCUUCCACUUCGGGCCCAGGCCGUUCCCUUUCGGCCACCCUCAGGAUCCUCUGGGAUUCAAGUUGUCCGGCUUGCAACACCUGGGUCUGGAGCAAGGAGCCAGCCAAGGGUGGGGUGGAUUACCUCGGGGCUCUCUUCCGCCGCACUGUCUUCCGCCGCCUCCCGGUCACCAUUCGCAUACACAUCCUCCGGCAGCUGGUGCGUCGGCCUUCAAUCCCUUCCACCACAGCAUCGAGCAAAGAUCUCCUAGACUUCCUGGACCUAACUCUGAACCGUCCAGGAAUGAUUUGGGUCCAAUCAGCGUAUCCGUCAGGGAGGUGACCCCGACCACGUCACCUGGUAAUCCUGGACCUGGAUUACUCACGACGGCUACUGUUGCGGCACCAACGCCUCCGGCGGAACCUACCACCACCACUACUACGCCUAGCCCCUCUGGACAUCAUUCACAUUUUCAAGGUCUUCAUCUUCUGGGGGCCACUGGGUCUAUCUUCGGAUCGAUAUUCGCUCCGUUGCUGCCACAAUCCUCUUGGCUCUACAAUCCACUCUACCACACGCAGCAGUACGUCUUAGAGCCGGAAUGGCAUGCUCUAGCGUUAAGAAUGGCCCAGCAACGGCUCCAGAGACCUGACCAGGCGCGAGUGGAAGAAAUGAGGAAACUUCGUGGCAGCAGUAGCAGUCCAGAAUCCGCGUUGAAGGAAGAAAAACGUCGAGACGACGAUCAAGAUGUUCUUCGUAGAUCAGGUCUGGACAGUCCUGACGGAAGCAUAGAAGUGGACGAUAGGAACGAGAAUGAUGCAAACAGAGAUCGCGUGAGGAGCGACGAGUCUCUUCCGGAACAGGAUUCUCCAAGGAUCUCUCCCAUUAGAAGCGACCUGGAAGACACUACUGACGUCACAUUUCAAGAUGCCUCCGUUCACCUAAGACCUAGUAUAGAAAAUUCGAACGAUCAAGAGAUCACGAACGAUGAGAUUCCUCGCAGAGAUCUGAAGAUCCGUCUGGAAGGCACUGUGGAUCUCAGUACAAAGAAAGGACAGGAUAAAGAGAACGUAGGACAAGAUCUUACCACCAGGAAGAAAGAAGACGAUACCGACGUGGAGAGGGAAGGCGUGCGAAGCAGAAGAGAGAGAAGCCCUAAGCCUAGACAAGUCUGGAGACCGUAUUAAACGAGGAUAUUCUUCAUUCGAUAGAUAAAUAUCGAAAUUUUACGUGAUGGUCUUGUUGUAAAUUUCAACCAGAUCUGCCUCGAUUAAUUUAGGGUCUGUUUUAAUAUUAGACAGUCGUACGGCCAGGUGAUUAUAAGAGAGAUUUGUAUCGAUGUAGAUGAGCCUGAACAAGGUUCGUGGAAAGCUCAGAGCCUGGUCCUGGAACCAGGAAUUAUCAUGGACUCGAGGACUAACCAGGGUUUACGUUCGUAUAGUAUGUAAAUAUAUAAGCGGCGUCCAAUUAUUAUUUAGGUUACUAUUUCGCGUACGUGUGAAACGCUACCCAUUGUCAUUUCGAGUGAGAUUAAUCGAUUUUUUCGAACGAUCUUUAUCACACCAGUCCUGAUUUUCGUUUCAAUGGACACAAGGUUGAUAGAAUCUCGCGAAACUUCAACUCCGACGAGUUAGGUUAUUAUCAAGGUCUGUGUGUGAUAGGUAUCGUUCGAUUCUUUCUCGUCGCGGUAACUGUGAAUCCGUGACAUUGUAAAUAUCACUGACUUAAAGAGUCCAGGCCAGAGUCACGUGCCUCUAGGCUACCCCAUCUCCUUUUUGUUUUUUCGCUUCUUUUUAUGAGAGACAUUAAUCGACCGUCAGAAAGUGUACGUAACGAAGAUCAAGUACGAGUCGAUGUGACUGGCCUCGACGAUGAGUUUCUUUCACUGUUUAAGUACAUCAUCAAAUAAAGUAAUAUCAUCCGUUCCAUGAA